UAGUAAUGUCAUUUCUGUGUAGGUGUUCAAUGUACUAGACCCAAAUAAGAAGGGUUAUGCCAAUAAGGAUGAUAUCAUGGCAUUAACAGUGGAUAAGCUUAAAGCUAUAGCUGAUAUUGUGGAUCCUGAUUAUGCAAACACUGAGGAAUAUGAACAUGUCCUGUUUGGUGAAGCGGAAGUAAGAGAUGCUUUUCAAGAUGCUCUAGAAGAAGGAAAUGGAGAACUCCAUUUACAAAAAUUGAUACAAAAAUACAAGGAUCUUGGUGGAUCGGAAAAAGUUGCACGGGAGUUAUUUGCAAUGUUGAAACCCAAAUCUAAAGAUAAAGCAACAGCUGAUGAAGUAGAAGAGAACUUGGCAAACGUGCUUGAACUUUACAAGAAAAUAAGAGACGACGAUAAAUCAGGUAUAUUUUACGAUCGGCACUUACAAGAGGACAAAGAAAUCAUGGCCAAGACAUUAGAUGGGAAAAAAGAUACAGAUGGAACAAAACACGAAGAACUUUAGAACUUUGGAGCUUAAUAAUAAUUGUUUUAAGAAGCCCGAUUUUGAACUGAUGAAUUCAUCAUUACAAAAUGGUAAAA